AUGUUCCAUGGACCUUGUGGUCAAGAAACUGGAUGGCGGGCAAGGUUUUGUGUAGUUGGUGCAUUCACCUUCAUUAUACCAUCAUACGUUGGAUGGAUUACUGGAAUGUACCUGUUUCUGAGCUACUCCUUUAACAUCAUUAUUGGACCUACCUGCGAUUCUUACGGACCUGAGACCUUGGGUCCGAUUAGUUGUAAGACACAUUGGCAAUUCAUGCUCUGCCUUGGCAUACUUGGAGCAAUGGGAGGUGCAGCAACUGCAACUAUAGCUAUAUCUGUCAUUGCAAAGGUCUUUACCCGUCGUCGUGGAUUGGCAAUGGGUGUUGCUUUGACAGGUUUCUCAGUUGGUUCAAUCAUCAUCCCCAUCAUGCUCCAGUCAACAAUAAUAGCAAUUGCCAUCACGGAGAUCACAGCUAUGGGUCUCCUUUGCUUUUUACCAUACUCUCAUUUGGUGCGGGUCCAGCGGAGUUCUACAGCAGUAACAAUGCGUAACUUGUUCAACUUUUCGGCUUUCCGGUCACCUUCCUUUCUCUUUGUAUCCUUCGGAUUGUUUCUACUCGAGUUUGCUAUCUUUGCAAUCGCCGGGCUAUUACCAACCCUCGCCACCGGCGCUGGCUUCCCUCCAGGAGCUGGGUACAUUUUGAUUGCUAUUCUAAGUGCUUCUUCCUGCGUGGGACGAAUUUUACUUGGCAUGGUCGGUGAUAUAAUCUCGCCUUUCAAUGUCAUUCUUGCCAUGGCUGCUUUCACGCUAUUGUUCAUGGGAACUUUGUUUAUCCCAUUUGCGGAAAAGUCAAAACCAACCCUUUACGCGUUUUCUGCACUUUGGGGAACUGACCUUGCAGUAUUUAUGGGUGCGACCUGCGAAACGCGCAAUUAUGGCAGAUUCUACGGAACUAUGACUUUCAUGAUCAGUUUUGGAGUCCUACACUCUCUACCUUUGAGUGGCGUCAUGCUCGAAAAUCUAGGAAGACAAUCACUGGCAGGCUCGUUAACGGCUAUUGUUUUCCUUGGAGGUUAUGUUAUAUCACGGCUAGGGGACUGGUGA